GCUUCUUGCACAAUUCACCCCAAUGAGAAUGUAAACAUUUCCAACAGAUCGGAAGGUCUUAUUCAACAGAUCCAGUGUCGUGAAUGUGUUCGUGCAUUAGUCAAAGCGCGCUGCGCAUCACGGAGGUAAUCAGGAUUUCAGUAGGCUAUAAAUAAGGCCGUAGACGGGACAGCUCGGCCUGCCAUUGAUGUCGGAGAGCUAAAGGUAUAGAGGUUAAAAUCCUUCAAAGAGCUGCAAGCUGCUCCAACAUGGACACACUCUGACCCGCCUCACGGUUGGGAUUCUACUCAAACCGGACCUACGGAGAUAUCCCGCACAUCUCACGCUUUAACGCAGAAAGUAUUUGGUUUAUGAACGCAGUGAAGAUCCACCGAGGAGAUUGAUGUUUUUUUUUAGACUUUGUAUUGGCACUCGGCCCGACCUAGACGGACUGCUGCUACAUUUACGGGACGGUGAAUGUGUCUUUAUCUUUUUAUGCUUUUUACUAAUACCCAGACUCCUGCAGCUCCAGCAGAGAAAGCGAUUUCCUCACGGGGUUGUUCUGGUUUCCGAGGAGGGAAAGGCGAAGUGUUUUUGGGGUUUGAUUUUCUCCUGUGGUGUCUGUGUGGAGCGUGCCACACACCCACUCCACAACAACGACGGCUUUUGCUUGCAUCUUCCAGUGCUUCUUCUGUCAGCAAGUUCAGCAGAGCUGCAACUCUUCCAGUGCCAGUCCUGACACCAGCGAGGAGCCCUGCCCCAUUGACAUGGUGAAGAUGACCAAGUCAAAGACCUUCCAGGCUUACUUGCCGAGCUGCCACCGCACCUACAGCUGCAUCCACUGCCGGGCACACCUGGCCAACCACGACGAGCUCAUUUCGAAGUCAUUUCAAGGCAGUCAAGGAAGAGCCUAUCUGUUUAAUUCAGUGGUGAAUGUCGGCUGCGGGCCAGCUGAGGAGCGGGUACUCCUCACGGGUUUACAUGCUGUGGCUGACAUCUACUGUGAAAACUGUAAAACCACCCUGGGCUGGAAAUAUGAACACGCGUUUGAGAGCAGUCAAAAGUACAAAGAGGGAAAGUUCAUCAUCGAGCUGGCUCACAUGAUCAAGGACAACGGAUGGGAGUGAUGCUCCUCUGUUCUUUUUCUGACCAUGGAAUGCUCUUUAUUGAACUGCGUGGAGCGACGACCAUCGACCACCCUGACCCCCCUCCCAAAACCCCUUAAACUCCUCCCCCUCCCUCCACCUCACCUCCUUCACGUGCACACCCACCCACCUGGUCAUCGUGAAACUGAACAGAACAAAUGAGAUUAAAAAAAAAACAAAAAAAGACAACGACGAGGAAGCGGAGCAACUGUUGAAAAAUCACGUCACAGGAGUCCUGUCGUUACUUUAAAGAUUGUGUGUUCUCCUUCGCAUCGCCGGAGCUUUUUGGGUUUGACCCCCGCCCGCUCACUCUCACCCCACUCCCCACCACCGAACCAGGCGUAAACAAGUGAUUGUGGUGAUAUGGCGACCACUAUGCGAAAGGAGAGAGACUUCACUGAGGGGACACGGCUUUGGUUUUCUUUAUUUCGCCCACCAAGCGAGAUAGACGAUGCUUCUUUUUUUAACGUUAUUUGCUAUAGUUUUAACUUCUGGGUUUGGUAAGGUUUUGGUUUGAUGGCAUAUGGAUGUUACUGGUUAGCAUUUUAUUUCCCUGUCAAGUCUGUCAUGUUUUUUUUUUUCUUUCUUUUGGCUUGUUGUAUCUCUGCCUAUAGCUGAGCAUGCUUUUCUUUGCUAAUGUCCAAAUGAGCAAUCAGGGACGGGUGAGGAGCGGAGGGGAAAGGGAGUUUAUUGUAGUUACAAAUAUGUAGCAGCAUAUUGCUUUUAAAAAAAAAAAAGUUGGAAAGGAUGGGAUUGUAGUAGUGUGGGAUUUUAUUCCUGGUAUUUCUUUUUUUCUUUCUUGUGAAUUUUCUUUAUUCCCUCCCCUUCCCCCUGGUACUUUUCAGGACCCAAAAAGCAAUGAAAGCAGCACCUACUAUUUGUUUGACAUAAAUGGAUAUAUAUAUCUAUAUAUAUAUAUAGAUAUAGAUAUAUAUAAAUAUAUAGAUAUAUAAAUAGGUUUAGUGUUUGGCUAAGUGCGAUUGUGGCUGGUCCCAUUUUGCAGCAAGUGAAAACAACCUGAAAAGAAGCAGAACUAGUUUCUAGACUGGGGAACCUGACAUCAGUGGCCACAUGUCAUAAAGCAUUAGGGCAGACUGUAUUAUUCCAUUGUCUAGUAAUGGCACACUAAGAGACACAACCACAUAAGAAUAUAUAUACACACAUACUAUGAUUACAUAUCCAUAAAUACUAUGAAAAUGUUCGUAGUACGUUGAUAUUGGAACAUGGAUUCUUAAUAUAUAUAUUAGCUGUCAUGCACAUGUAUAUAUGCAUAUGACUGUGUGUAUACAUUGUGCAUGUGUGUGUGUGUGUUCACGCAUUACACAGUGACAUACUUGAACGAUGCUACUUCGUUUGCACUUUGCAGAGGCCUUUGGUUCAUUUCAGUUUAGAGGCAAAAAAUGUUGUCCGCUUUCAUCUGUUUUUUUUUUUUUUUUUAAAUGGCCUUCUCACAGAUGAACGACAGAUUGUUGGUGACGAAAAGAAAAAUUUGACCUGGACGGUUUAAGGGUUUGUUCAUCGUCUCUAUUAGAAGCUUCUAGAUGAUCUGGUUUUAUUUAAAUUAUAUCGACAAAUUCUGCUUUUCCUCUCAAUUUUUUGCUUGAGAAAAGUGUAGUUUCCGAUUCUUUGCUGCUAUCAUAGGAAUCCUGCCAUAUCCUUCCCGCUCUUGUAGGUCUUUUGCACUUUACAUGCUUAUCCGUCUCUCUCUCUCUCUCAAAGCAUAAUGAAUUGUCUCUUUGUGAUUUGCCUCCAAGCCGUAUGAAUCUUGUGCCUCUUCAAAACAUGAACAGCCUCCCCUCUUAUUUUCUGUUGUGCAGUGCAUAACUCCGAAAACCUUUGUGUGAACUGAUUUUCUGUUUCAAAAUGGCCCUCAAAUAUAACAUUCUCUACCAAAAUCCUCAUAGAGCUCUUCCCUGUUUUUUUUGUUUUGUUUUGUUUUGUUUUGUUUUGGGGACAACAGAGACUUGGUAUACAUACAUACUUAUAUUUUCUACGUUAAGAUUUAGAGGUGCAAAAACAGAUAGAUAUUCAGUAUAUUUCUCACCGUAAAGCAUAGAGGAGGAGGUUUGGAACACGCGGGAUAGAGAUUUAAAAAAAUCAGCAGUGAUUGAUUGCUUUGCCGGCAAGGUCAGUCAGAUCACACAACUUUUUAUCCUAAAAACGAUGACAAUGCAAACCCUUAAUAGUUAGCAGUGAUAACUACUUGAAAAUAUAAAGACAUAAACAGCUGAGAUGUUGGCCCGUGUUACAGCUUUUGUACAUAAAGUUACAUAUUUAAGGUUUUAUACGUAUUUCUACUGGGUUAGUUCAUUUACUUCCCCAACUUGAAGCACUUUUGUUCAGUGUGCGUGUGUGUGUGCGUGCAUGCGUGCGUGCAUGCAUGCAUGCCUGCACUCAAAAGUGAAUGUUUAGUUUCUUUUCCUCAGAGAGUUUAUUUCUCUUUUUGUUUUUCCUCUUCCUUUUGGUUUGGAAGUGUUUUUAUUUGUCCUGUUGUUGUUUUUUUUUUUUCUUUCGCAGCUGUUUGGUUUCUCUCCCGGUGAUCUGUGAGGUCAACAGCCAGGUUAGUUUGUUUGAAAGUGAUUUAUCCCUGUUUUGUUUGUGUUCUGUUAGCUUGUUUAUUUAGCUUGUGUGGUGAGAGCCCGUUAGAGGGCUGAUGUUUAGGUCUCUGCUGAGCCAUGUAGACAACGAGGGCGAGCUGGAAUCUCCCACCAUGUCGCAGGGAGAGCCUUUAUCAAGACCCUUUCGCCACCACAGUCAGUGUCUCCUUUUAUAGAGGGCUUUCAGGGGAUGAAAAGCACCCUCUGGCAGCCAUAUUGGAGGUCCUUAUCCUUUGGCAACGCUGGCCGUGAAUAUCUGAUUGUAUUUCUUGAGAACUUAUUCAUUUUUGUGCAGGUUUUGACUGAAAAUGGAACAGUUACUUCCCUGAUCUGUUUGAUUUAUUGUUUUACUAAAUUUUACCUGUUAAGCCUAGUCACUACAUCCCAGUUCUGGGGCUGCAUUCUUUGAAAGUUUGCAUUUUAAACCUCUUAACAGGUCAAACAAGGCCUGGUCUAUUUUAAACACUCCUUCAAAUGCAGCACUCUGUGUCCCACCAAAUCCAAUGCACAGACGUUGUUUAAAGAGCACCUGGUUUGACUGACAGCCAGUGAUUCAACUUGACAACUGGCUGCAGUGAGGUAGAUGUGUACUCCAGGGGGUGUGUCAGUACACCGUGACAUCACUGGUGGGUGCGGUUACAGGUGCAACGGAGCAUGUUUACGGACUACAACCAUCAGUGAUGCUGGGUGUGAAACGUUCCACCAGAGAGGGCAUUGAAAAAAAACUUUUCAGCCUGGUGUUAUGUUACUCUUUAUUGGUGUAUUCAAGCGGUCUUUGUCGAUUUGUAAAGUCGGGAAAUACAGUGUGACCUCAUUGAUAUUUGUGUUCCUGUGGUCAUCAGUGCUGGCAAACUGGCUGAACUGAGUUUGCUACUACUAUACACCACUUUGUCAAGCCAUUUCCUGAUGAUAAACUUGAAAAAAAAAAAAAACUGAGACUGAAAGUUAAUUAUUGGCCUUGAAAACACCAGUUGUCAAAAUAAUCUCACCACAAGGUCCGUUUGGUGGCUGUUUAUGAUCUUCCUCAGCAAAUACAGUUGAAAAUGAAAAUGUUUUUUUCCGAGCACUCGUCUGUGUCAUCCUUUAAGUGCUCAAGAGGAAUGGACAUGUGAACAUCUACAACUCUAUCCUAACUGGGCCGCUCCAUCUGCCAAACAGCUACCAAAUGGACCUUGUGGUGUGAAUAUUUUGUCAAUUUUCAAUCGACUUUAGGAGUGGACAAGGAGCACCUGAAUGCACCAUUGUUUUUUAUGUACGAUGAUGCUGCUCUGGCCUUCUGGAGGCCAGUUCCUCCGCUCCAGAGGACACUUUCAAGGGGUGCCUCCUUUCGAAAGUUGCAGCUCUUAGUUUGUGAUGCAGCAGCUGUUAUCUGGUCAGCCAGCAUUCACUGUCUGAUACGAUGAUCACAUCUGGCUGAAAAUGUCAAAAUCCAGCCAUGUGUUUAGUUUUGACUUUUUCCAAACUCGUAGCGCAAACAGAAUGGUACUGGUGACUAAAUUUGGAAACAAAAAAAAAUAUACCUUACCAGACCUUCAUGCCGACAUUAGUCCAACUUGUUAGCUGUUACAUGCACAAAGCCAACUCCUCCAAAGGACCUCCAAGUUGGCGCCAGCAGUGGUUGCUUGCAGAGCCUCUAAACUCCCCUUUGGAUUAGUCAGUCUAAGUUGAAGCAACAAAAAGCAGUUGCCAGUGUCACCGCCGGUGUAUACCAAAUAAGAACCAGGUUCUAUCGAAUGAUCAGUGUCAUGUAUCAGUGGGCAGGAAGGAAGCCAGGGAUCGAGUGUCUCCUGCAGAUUCAACUGCUAUACCAAAAUGAAAGCCGAAAACUCCUGUCAUGUAUGACAUUCUGUAGAAUGUUUUGAUUCUCUGUAUUUAACAGCGUCAAAGCAGCCUAAAUAAAACUAUUUGCUGCUGAAAAACGGUUUACUUUUAAUUAUUUUUGUUUUAUUGGGAUACUGGCUACCUACUUUUUGAGCUCUGUAACUUUCUAAAAACAUAACCGAAAGGAUGUUGAUCAAAGGCAAGAUGGGUAUUCAGGGGAAAAGAAUGUACAAGUUCUUUUCUUAGGACUGUUAAACUACAGUUUAAGGUCUAAAGCAUGUUGUAUUUAUAAUGGCUAUAUGUCAUGCCUGUUUUAUUAUUAUUUUUUCUUCCUAAAUUUAAAAACAAAUAUAUGCUUUUUAUUUGACUACAUUGCUUUGCAUUCUGUCUUAGUAAAGCCAUGUCACACAUCUGUUUUCACUCUAAUGUAAACUAUCAGAUAUCACAAUAAAUUUUC